AAGGGUAAGAGUCGCCAGCUGGUGAUCGACAGCGUGGAGAGGAAGGAUGCUGGAGAGUACAUCUGUGAGGCUGGGACUGAGAAGAUUGCUUUUAAGAUACAGGUUGCAGAAGCCCCGGCUGGUUUCUCUAACAAACAGUCUGUUAAGCAAGAGGUGAAAGCCACUCUCUCCCAGAAAGCCACUCUGAGCUGUGAGGUAGCUGAUACCAAGACAGAGGUGAAAUGGCACAAGGAUGGCAAGCUGCUGACUACCAGCAAAGCCGUCCACAUGGAGUCAAAGGGCAAGAUUCGUGAGCUGGUGAUAGAGAAGAUGGAGAAAAAAGAUGCGGGAGAGUACACAUGUGAGGCUGGAAUGGAGAAGCUUGUAUUUAACAUGCAGGUUACAGAUGCAGCUGUCAAGUUCCAGAAAAAGCUUGUCAAGGACACAUGUAUUGUUCAAGCAAGUGAAAAAGUUGUUUUGACCACCGAGCUGACGACAGAGAGUGGUAGUGUGAAGUGGUGCAGAGAUGGCGUGGAGCUCAAGGAGGGCAGCAAGUAUGAAAUGAAAAAAGAAGGCCUUUCUCGUACACUGAUAGUGAAAUCGUCUGAAUCCAAAGACAGUGGAACAUACUCCUGUCAAACUGCUGAUGACCAACUGGAGUUCAAAGUUCAAGUUAAAGAUUCGGCUUUGAAGUUUGUUGUCCCUUUGAAACCUGCUACAGUGGAUUUGGAAGGCACACUCAGCCUGAUGUGUGAGCUAAAUCAAGCCUCAGGGGAUGUUGUCUGGCAGCAUGAUGGUCGUGAGAUUAAACCUGGAGGCAGGUACUGUGUCAGGACAGAUGGUGCUAAGCGGGUCCUCACCGUGACUGGCAUGACUAAAGAAGAUGAAGGAGAAUACAGCUGUGAAUGUAGAAAUGACAAGACCUCCGCCAAAGUUACCUCAAAAGCACCCAGAGUGGUGAGGCUGACUACUAAACUGAACAAUGUGGCUGCCAUGGAGGGAAAAGAUGCAAUUUUCAAGUGUGCUGUCAACCCAGCAGACGUCAACGUUAAAUGGUUCCAUAACAGCAUACCCGUCACUGCUGGGCCCAAAUAUAAGAUUGCGCAUGGGGGCAGCAGUCACUCACUCACCAUCACCUCUGUCACACAAAAAGAUGGCGGAGAGAUCAGCGUGGAUGCAGAGGGCAAAAGCUGCAAAGCCAACCUACAAGUGGAGCAUGAACCUGUGACAUUUAAGAAAACGCUAGAAAACCUGACAGUGGAGGAGCAGAGUGAAGUGAAGCUGGAGUUGGAGCUGAGUAAGGUGUCGGAUGAAGUGAGGUGGAUGAAGAACAGCGUUGUGCUGCAGCCUUCAGGAAACAUGGAGAUUCGGGUCAACGGAGCCAAGCAGGCACUGAUCUUCAAGAGCGUGGCUUAUGCUGACCGGGGCAUCUACUCCUGUGAAACCCUGGAUGACAAAACCCAGGCCAAGCUUAGUGUGGAGAUGAAAAAGAUCCAGGUAAUCAAGGGCCUAACAGAAACCAAGUCACAUGAGACAGAGACGGUAACUCUGGAGGUAGAGCUCAGCCAGGCUGAUAUUGAGGGCUUCUGGACCAGGGAUGGGGCCAAGUUAAAGUCAGGGGCCAACUGCCGUAUCACAGCUUUUGGAAAGAAGCAUUCCUUAACGUUGUCCAAUCUCAAGAGGGAGGACGCAGGAACGAUUGCCUUCCAAGCAGAAGGAGUUCAUAACUCUGGCAAACUGGUUGUCACAGAACUUCCUGCUAUGAUCGCCAAGCCCAUGGUAGAUAUCAGUGUCGCUGAUAAGGAAAAGGUUACUUUUGAAUGCGAAGUGUCCAAAACCAAUGCAGAUGUUAAAUGGUUCAAGGAUGAUGUUGAACUGAAACCAGGGAAGAACUUUGGCAUCCAUUCCUUGGGCCGAAAGCGCAGUUUGGUCAUCAACAAGUGCACCCCUGAAGAUGCAGGCACUUAUAUCUGUCGCACUACUGAUGAUAACACCUCAGCUAAACUCACUGUUAAUGCCCGAGAAGUUAAGAUUGUUAAGAAGCUGGAGGAUGUGGAAGUGAUGGAGAAGGAGAGCGCUGCGUUUGUCUGUGAAGUAUCACAUGAUGAAGUCGAAUGCCAAUGGUACAAAGGAAGUACCAAACUCAAAGUCGGUGACAACAUCAGGAUGAGACAAGAGGGCAAAACCUAUGUACUUCUGUUUAAGUCUGUCACCAUUGAAGAUAUGGGUGAGAUUAAAUUCACAGCUGACAAGGCCUCUUCAGCAGCAAAACUGAAAGUGAAAGAGCUGCCUGUCAAGUUUGUGAAAAAACUCAGGGAUAAGAUAGCGAUGUAUAAGCAUCGUGGACAUCUUGAAUGCCAAGUGUCACGUGCCAGCGCAAAGGUGAAGUGGUUCAAGAACAAGACGGAGAUCAAACACGGCAAGAAGUACGAGAUCAAAAGUGAAGAUGUGUACCGAAAACUCACCAUCAACGAUGUGGCAUCCGGGGACGAAGACACCUACACCUGUGACGCCACUGAUGAAAAGACAUCCUGUAAAGUACUUGUGGAAGAGCAGUCCAUCAGCAUUGUGCGGGAGCUGACAUCAGUAGAAGUGACAGAACCCUUUGCAGCUGUUUUUGAAGUUGAAAUCAGUAUGGAACUGGUGAAACCUCCCAUAUGGACUCUGAAUGCAGUUGCUGUGAAGGAGAGCGCCGAUGUAGAAAUGGAGAAAGAGGGCACAAUGCACAGUCUCACCUUCAAAAAGACCAAAGCAUCGAUGACAGGACCUGUGCAGUUUACAGCUGGCAAGAGCAAAUCUUUAGCCCAGCUCACAGUCAAAGAGCGUCCGCUUGAGAUUGCAGAGCCCAUCAAAGAUGUCAAGGGGAAAGAGAAAAGCUCAGCGAUACUCACCUGUAAAUUCUCUGCCUCACCCAAAGAGGUUGCUUGGUUUAAAGGCCAGGUGCCUCUGACCGCUUCAGACAAGUACAACAUGAAGCAAGAUGCUACAAGGGCUCAACUUACUAUUCAAAGGUUGACUGAGGAAGACAGUGGAGAGUACCGCUGUCAGUCCGGACCUGCUGAGGCCAAAGGGACCCUUACUGUUGAAGUGCGUGAAAUGAAGAUCAGCAAGCACUUGGCAGACACAGAGGUUGAUGAAGACAACGAUGCUGUGUUCACAUGUGAGAUCAACUAUGCUGAUGAAGAGGUACAGUGGCUUCUGAAUGACAAGGUGCUCUUCACCAAUGAAGUCAACACCAUCGCACAUGAUGGCAAGGUCCACAAGCUCACACUGAAGAACUUGGCACCUCAGGACGGGGGGACUAUCACCUUUCAGGUCCGCAAGGUGAAGGAGUCAGUGACACUUAAGGUUAAAGAGAAGCGAGCAGUGUUCCUCAAGUCUCUGGAUGAUGUCGUUGGAGAGGAAAGGGGCAUGAUAACUCUGGCGUGUGAGGCGUCCAAGCCCAGGGUUUCUCCUGUAUGGAGAAAAGAAGUUAAAGUCCUAAAGGCUGGAUCAAAGUAUGAGCUCCUUCACACAGGCAAGUCUUUGGGGCUGAUCAUCAAGGACGUCACCAAAGAAGAUGCUGGAGAUUACAGUUGUGAUCUAGGAACUGAGGUUUCUAAAGCAAAGGUCACUGUAAGAGAGAUUGCCAUUGGAAUUACCAAAUGGCUGAAGUCGGCUGAGGUGAAUGAGGGAGACUCAUGUAACUUUGAGUGCAUCUUAUCUCGUGAGAGCACAGACGAGUGUUCCUGGACUCUUAAUGGAAACACUAUCACAGAUGGAGGCCGCUUCAAAGUCACCAGUAAAGGACGCAAAUACAUGCUGACUAUCAAGGAUGUGACUCCUGCUGACGCUGGAGAGGUGGUCUUGAACAUUAAAGACCUUAACUCCAAAACGACAUUAAAAGUUGAAGGCAAGGCUUCAUCCGUGUCUAAAGGACUACAGAGUGUUAGUGCUGCCCAAGGAGAAGAUGCUGUAUUUACCUGUGAGGUAACAAAAGCUAGUUUCACUGUAAACUGGUCCAUGGAAGGCAAAGCCAUCAAAAAGAGCCAGAAGUAUGACAUCAGCCAAGAAGAAAAGGUCAUGAAGCUGACGAUCCAUAACGUCUCAGCUCAAGACUCCGGAGAGUACAGUUGUGAAGUUGUUGGAGGUGCAACCACUAAAGAAAAGCUGGAAAUCAAGGAGCGAAUCCAUAAAUUCACUAAAGAGCUGAAGGACAGCCAAGCUGAGGAGAAGAGCAACGUGACCUUGCAUUGUGAGACUGCACAAACCCCAUCCACUGUGGUAUGGCUUAAAGGUCACACAGAGCUCAAGGCUGGAGGUCGAUAUGAGAUGUCCCAGAAGGAGGGGGUCCUAACUCUGACCAUCAAACAGCUGGAGGAGAAAGACACCGAUAUCUACACGUGUGACGUGGGCACGGCGAAGAUCAUGGCAAAGGUGACAGUCAAUGCCCUGCCUGCCAAUUUUAAAGAGAAGCUCAACAACCAGAGGAGAAAGGAAGGGGAGUCGGUGAAUCUCUGCUGCAAACUAUCGAAGCAUGCUGAUGGCGUUCAGUGGAAGAAAGGCUCUGAAAUUCUCAAAGCAGGAGAGAAGUAUGAGAUGAAGAUGGAGGAGACUUCUUGUGAACUUCAGAUUAAGAAUUUGGAGGUUGAAGAUAGUGGAGAGUACUCUUGCUUGUGCGGGGACCAGAAGACAUCUGCAACUGUGAAAGUCACUGCACUGCCGCCGACCUUCAAACAGAAGCUGGAGAGCCAGGAGGCUGAGGAGGGGGCUAGUGUUACUCUGCGUUGUGAGCUCUCCAAACCUGGANAGUCAGCAGCUUGCCCUCCUUACUCCUACCUGCAGGAGGUAAAGGCCACUCUAUCUCAGAAAUCCACCCUGAGCUGUGAGGUAGCUGAUACCAAGACAGAGGUGAAGUGGUACAAGGAGGGCAAGCUGCUGACUUCCAGCAAGACAAUCCACACAGAGACAAAGGGUAAGAGUCGCCAGCUGGUGAUAGACAGCGUGGAGAAGAAGGAUGCUGGAGAGUACAUCUGUGAGGCUGGGACUGAGAAGCUGGUCUUCAAACUCAAUGUGGCAGACACACAGGUCCAGUCUGCCCUUUCUGACAAAGAGUCAGUGCAGAAGGAGGUGAAAGCUUGUCUCUCCCAGGCGGCCACCCUGAGCUGGGAGAUAUCUGAUUCCAAGUCCGAGGUGAAGUGGUACAAGGAUGGCAAACUCAUAAGCACCACUCAGGCGAUCCAUGCAGAGUCAAAAGGCAAGAGUCGCCAGCUGGUGAUCGACAACGUGGAGAAGAAGGAUGCUGGAGAGUACAUGUGUCAAGCUGGGUCUGAGAAGCUGGUCUUUAAAAUGCAUGUGGAAGGUUCUUCUACAGAAGUCCAAGCUAAAUCCUCUUUCGUCAACAAAGAGUCUGUCCAGAGGGAAGUGAAAGCCACUCUCUCCCAGAAAGCCACUCUGAGCUGUGAGGUAGCUGAUACCAAGACAGAGGUGAAGUGGUACAAGGAUGGCAAGCUGUUGACUUCCAGCAAAACCGUCCACAUGGAGUCAAAGGGCAAGAUUCGUGAGCUGGUGAUAGAGAAGAUGGAGAAAAAAGAUGCGGGAGAGUACAUCUGUGAAGUCGGAACUGAAAAACUGGCAUUUAGAGUGCAAUUGACAGAAAUCCAACAGAAGUUAGCAUUUUCCAACAAGGAGUCCGUCCAGAGCGAAGUGAAAGCCACUCUCUCCCAGAGAGCCACUCUGAGCUGUGAGCCUGAGAGGACAUGGGAAGACGCUGUGCUGUUGACAGAAGAGCUGGACACUGCAGAUACUCUUGAGCAGCAUGCAUGGGAAUGA